CGGAAAACGCGCGCGCCUUCGACUCUUCGCUUUAUUCUCUGUAUACUCCUCAAAUUACCAACGAGCAUUAAAGUUCAAAGUGGUUGUUGUUACUUAAAGGAUAAAGCAUCGUCACACAUAUACGUUUGCAACACACCCAGUGGGUACACACAGCUAAACAGAUUCAUACAUAUAUGGACAGAUUCACGUAUAUAAAAAAACAUAUUCACUUAUCACAUAACCAUAUCUACUACUCCUCGACUCGGGUAACGCGCGCGAUGCGGGUAGGAUGUGUGGCAAGCCGCAACGGUAUUAUCCAUUGAAUGCGCUGUGCAAGCGAGUAAGGAGCGAAUGGCAAAGCCCACUCUACACAACACCGUCAUCAAUUUCAACUCAUACACUCGCAUAAAUAGCACAGCCGUUCAGAAAUACAGCGAACAACUGGAAAACUGAAUAAACAUUCGGAGGCGAAAUGUGGAGAAAAUAAAAAGUGAAAAACAAAGAAACGAAAACAAACCAAAGGAUAGUGAAAAACCAAGUAUCAAGGAUCGGUGAAGUUUUUUGGCCUAUACGUUAAUAGUAACGGUAACAGCAGCAGCGGCAGCCGUAGCGUCAUUAAAGGAUUCACUGACGCAACACUAAAAACUUCCAACGAAACUGUUCCACAAAGAGCAUGCGACAAAAUGGAUUCCAUAAUUAAAUUCGAUGCAAAUUUAAUAUAAAACAACCAUAAACAUCCAACUGAAAAACGAAGUAGCAACACAGAGAUUACAGCAACAACAACAUUAAUAUUAUAUCACACCACCAGCCACGAACGAUGCAUCAAGUGCUCAGCUAUGAGACCGCAGUGCGUGCCAACAGCUCCCGCGAAUUCCGCGAAUACGUCACCAAGCGCACUUGCGUCAGUCUCGUGCUCACAAUCGCCUUCCUGACGCUCAUAUUGGGCUAUCUGCUAGGAAACUUCGUGUCGGAACGCAAAUACCAAAUGCGUCUGAAUAAAGCCGGCGCCAAGGGAGCUGGACCGCCGCAUACUAUUGAAAUUUCUAGUGUUGAUUAUACAAAUCUGAAAGAAAUCAAUGCUUAUCAAAAGAACAAAGAUAAAUUGUUGAGCUCCGCGCAGUCGCUGAGUAAGAUGUUGCAACGCGAUCAAAGCUAUCCGGCAAGUUCCAUUAACACCGACAUUUUCAACAAAUACAUAUCGUGCACGCAGGACAUACCGCCCAGCACCAGCAUGGAGUCCAGCCAAUUUAUUGAACAGCUGGUGGAUAAUACAGGGGCACGGCAGCGUGAUUGUCUGCGUGUAAUACAACUGAUUAUCGAUAAUCAUAUGACCAGUGACACGAACUGA